UCUGUGUUUUCUCACCUGCAGCCAGGAGAAAGAUGUUCACGGUGCUGGCCCGCCAACCGUGUGAGCAAGCAGGCUUCAAGGCGCUCUCCAGGACCCCGGCCAUCAUUGCCUUGGUGGUCCUGUUUGUCAGCGUGGUGGUGCUGCUGUCUAUCACCCUCAUCCAGGUCCACCAGCAAGAGGUCUUCCCUCCAGGACCCAAGUAUGGAAUUGUGCUGGAUGCAGGGUCUUCCAGGACCACAGUCUACGUCUAUGAGUGGCCUGCCGAGAAGGAGAACAACACCGGCGUGGUCAGUCAAACCUUCGUGUGUAACGUGAAAGGCUCUGGGAUCUCCAGCUAUUGGAAAAACCCCCAAGAUGCCCCCAAAGCCUUUGAGGAUUGCAUGGAAAAAGUCAAAGGGCAAAUUCCCACCCACCUGCACAGAUCAACCCGCAUCCACCUGGGAGCCACGGCUGGGAUGCGCUUGCUGAGGUUGCAAAAUGAAACAGCAGCUAAUGAAGUCCUUGAAAGCAUCCAAAACUACUUCAAGUCCCAGCCCUUUGAUUUUAGGGUUGCUCAAAUCAUUUCUGGGCAAGAGGAAGGGGUGUAUGGAUGGAUUACAGCCAACUAUUUAAUGGGAAAUUUCCUGGAGAAGAACCUGUGGCAUAUGUGGGUGCAUCCACAUGGAGUGGAAACCGUAGGUGCCCUGGAUUUAGGCGGAGCCUCCACCCAAAUAUCCUUCGUGGCAGAAGGGGAGGUGGAGCCGAACAGCAGUGACAGCGUGCAGGUGUCCCUCUACGGCUACAAGUACUCACUGUACACACACAGCUACCAGUGCUACGGCCGGAACGAGGCUGAGAAGAGGUUUCUGGCAGUCCUCCUGCAGAACUCUUCCUCCAAAACCAGAGUCAUCAACCCCUGUUACCCUCGGGAUUACAGCACCACCUUCACCAUGGGCCGUGUUUUUGACAGCCUGUGCACAAAAGAACAGGCCCCCAAAAUUUAUAACCCCACUGAUGUCAUCACUUUUGAAGGAACUGGGGACGCCACGCUGUGUAGGGAGAAGGUGGCUUCCAUAUUUGACUACAAAGCUUGCCAUAAUCAAAACACCUGUUCCUUUGAUGGGGUUUUUCAGCCAAGAGUUAAAGGACCAUUUGUGGCUUUUGCUGGAUUCUACUACACCGCCAGUGCCUUAAAUCUUACGGGUAGCUUUUCCCUGGAUGCCUUCAACUCAAGCACCUGGAAUUUCUGCUCCUAUGACUGGAGUCAGCUCCCACACCUGCUCCCCAAGUUCGAUGAAGAGUACGCCCGCUCCUACUGCUUCUCGGCCCACUAUAUCUACCACUUACUUGUAAAUGGCUACAAAUUCACAGAGGAGACCUGGCCCCAAAUACAGUUUAAAAAAGAAGUGGCGAACAGCAGCAUAGCCUGGUCUCUCGGCUACAUGCUCAGCCUGACCAACCAGAUCCCGGCAGAAAGCCCCCUGAUCCGCCUGCCCAUCCGGCCGCCUGUCUUUGUGGGCACCAUUGCCUUCUUCACGGCGGUGACCGUGCUGUGUCUGGCGUUGCUGGUGUACCUGUGCUCAGUGUCCAGGAUGAAGAGGAGCUCUGAGCAUGCCUUCAACCAUGCCGUGGAUUCUGAGUGAGACUUCAGAGCAGCUCCUGGUGGCCCCAGAGCUGUGAAGAGCCAGCCUCGGUGGCCCCAGGCAGUGCGAGUGAAGCAGCCACCUUCAGGAAACACUACAAAAAGUUGAACGCCUAGGCCAUGUGCCUCUCAAAUACUGAUUUCUGCCAAAGCACCUCCUGGAGGUCCUCCAGCCCAUCCUGUGCGUGUUGCUCCUCCAGAGACCCCACCCCUCACUUGCUGAUCUAUGAAGGAACAGAGAAGAUAAGUCAUCAGGAUCAAGCUCUUUAUUCUAAGCCCCCCAGGGGAGGAGCAGGCUGGGAAUGUCCCAGUUUAAUGCCAUAGAAUUGACCUCAGGGUUGUGUCCAAUUCCCCUCCCAGCAAGAUCUCUUGAAGGGUUUGGCCUAGCAGAUACCACAUUUUAUGGGUUCCUCCCAUUGGUCCUUAGCUAAAACUGUCUUUCAGCAGUCCCGUAGGCAUGGAGCUCCCUCAGACCGGCAGAAUUUAGCAUCUGGGGGAGAAGACUCCUUUACCCCGAGGACAGUGGCCAGAGCCAGCCUUCUGUCAUUUUCAUGCACGUAGACCCUGAAGCACAGAAGCAUACAGAAGGUCUCCCAGAAAACUGUGAGCCAUUCCCACAGUGGAACUGCCCCUCAGGGCCCUUGGUCAGUAGAUUUCAGCUUGUGUGUACCAUCCUCGUCAUCUCAUUGUAAUAUUGCUAUACCCUCAGCCUUCCAGACCUUCCUGCCUUUGGUAGGCUUUUACCUAGGGCUGUCAUCCCACGGUCAUCAUGGUGGGUGUAUUUUGCCACCAUUCCCACGUUACACUUGAUACUGUCAGAGUCUAUGAUGUGCUUACCAAUUAUGUGCCAAGAUCAUAGGCUUCGCUAUGUAGAAGCCAUAGGUCUUGACGUGGGGUAAUGAAGGAAGCUGAAGGAAUGUCCACCUCCCAAGUGGGAUGAGGAGAAACUCCAGCAGCUCCAAGGACUGCCGGCUAAAACUCCACAUCAUCCCAGAGUGCUGUUAGGUGACUAUGGAAUAAAGAGCUCUUGUUUUAUUUUGACAGCGCGUGUGUGUGCG